AUGACCGCUGUCGCAACCGGUCCCGUGAUGAGUAGCCAUGACGCCGGGACAGAACCGCGACCGGAUCAUAGCCCCUCGCGCUUUACGGCUGUCAAUGGUAGGGAGUCGGCCACAGCCACGGGGACAGGCCCGACUCUAACGUCGUCGUCUCCCAUGGCCCAGGGUGGCCGAAUGCCGAUGUUGCCCGCCACCGCAUCCGCCAACGACACCGCGGAGCCGUCACGCGACGGGUUGGGUCUGCGGCAUGAUGUCCACGGUGGUUCCUCGCAACGGGCGUCACCAUCAGGUUCCAACAAGCACAAGCGAAAGCGAUCGGGGUCGGGCGACCAAGAGGCUCGGCAGCCGGUAGAGCUGGGCUAUCACCCCCAUCCGGAACCUUCUCCUCACAAUCCUCAUCAUCCUCAGCAACCACAGUCACAACCACAGCAACCGCAGCAACCACCAUCACUUCACCAACAACAUCACCACCAUCACCACCACCAUCAUCACCAGCAGCAGCAGCAACAACAACAACAACACCUUAGCCGUGAAACGCCAAGCCACGCCGACGAACUGUCCCCGCUCCUUGGAAAUGGCACCGCCAAUGGACCGGGAUCGGUCUCCUCGGAUAUGGAUUCGGUGAAUGCCGUCGCGGCAUCUGGUCAUCGAUCAGAUACCAAUGAGACAUCGCAGCCGCCAUCUACGGGACCUUGGCCGGAUUAUGACUCCCAUUUGAUCACGCAGGCUCAACGAGCACAGCAGAUCGAUCCUUCCGAUGCGCAGUUGGCGGAUGCCCUUCAACGAGAUGUGCAGGGUCCAGAACCGUCCCGAAAUGGAACCAGUGACCGAUCGGUGCCGCCUCCCUCGAGCGUUCAGUCCGCCUCUUCUCCGAACUAUGUAUCCGAUCGAGGCAACAAUUCCGGCCAGGUCGCGCCUAAGCGGAAGCGUGUCUUUAGCAAUCGCACCAAGACUGGCUGCAUGACCUGCCGACGUCGGAAGAAGAAAUGUGACGAGCAACAUCCUGCAUGCAACAAUUGUAUCCGUGGCGGAUUCUUGUGCGAGGGAUACACCUCUCGGAGCACCUGGCAGAAGCCAUCGACCACAAAAACGCCAGUCCCUUUGCAAUCCAAGGAGGGAUAUUCAGAACUUGGCGGACAGUAUCUUCCCGAACCGAGCGGGCACCACGAACGGCCGACUCCCGGCCUGCCAGACCAUAUCGAGUCCCGCAAAAUGCGACCACUGGUCGACGACAAUGACCGUGUGACCCCGUCGUACACCAACAAUCCAUCCAACAACCCGGUCUCAACACACCCGGUCUCGACCUCUACAUCCUCGUCCUCCUGGUCGAAGCGAGCCUGGUCGGGCCCCAGCCACGCCGCGUAUCCGCCCCCGGAACAUCUUCCCAAGCCUGACUAUCGGGAAGUGGCACCCAUUCAUGAAUUGCACCCUCGAGACUCUCACUCCAAGCCGGAUUACCCUAUGGUUCCGCCGAUCCGUGAGUUUACACACGCUCCCCCACCGCCCCCGCCUCCGCCGAAACCCAAUGGGUUACCCCUGUUCCAUGGAACCACCCCGGACCAGCCGCGACCCAUGGCGCCGGGGCCGGGGCCGGGGCCGGCACCCACUUCAGCACCCACGCCUAUGCCGCCCUCGUCGAUGGAGACGAAUAGCCCGCAAACUCAGGCGCGAAUGGCUUUGAAGAUCGAACACCAACUAUCGGCGCGUGCGAUGGCUGCAGAAGAAACGGAAAAGGACAAGAUGAUGCGGGGGGAGUUGUACCGCCCAUUUGAUUUGCAAUUGGUGGAGGAGCGCGAUCGGUGCAAGCGUGCGGUCUGGCGGUUCAACAAUGCCUGCAAUCCCCACUACGGAUUGAGUUCCAAGGAGCAAAAUCGCUUGCUCAAAGAGAUAUUGGUGCCCUCGCCGAGUUCGGCGGCGACCUCGCCGUCUAGUGCCACUGCGCCUUUCUCCAUGGGGUCCAUCGGUCAGGGAGCGGUGGUCGAGUCACCUUUCAACUGCCACUACGGGUAUAACAUUCAGAUUGGAGAAGACGUGAUGAUCCACCAAAAUUGUUUGUUCGUUGACGAUUGCGGCAUCAGCAUCGGCGCACACAGUUGGAUUGGACCCAACGUGACUCUCUUGAGCUCUAUGGCUCAUUCUAGCAUGCAGGAGCGAAAAGGAUCGCAGAGCCGCUAUCAAGGCCGGCCGGUGAUCAUUGAUGAGGACUGUUAUUUAGGCGCCGGCUGUACAAUUUAUCCUGGCGUUCACUUGAAUCGGGGAGCGUAUGUGGCACCGGGCGAGGUGGUCAAAACCGACAUCGUGGCUUAUGGAUUCCAAGGAUAUAAACCCAGUUAUAUGUGA